AUGGCUAAGGUAGCUCCAGUUUCUGUGCUCGGGCUAGCCUUUUUUGUCACUCUUUCCAGCUUUGUAUUUCUUUCUCUUGGGCAAGAAAAACUAGGCCGUCAUUGCUCGGAGAACCCGCCAACUCUUAACCCAAACUAUGGAUUUGGAUUUGUGAAAGACAUUGGAGGCCUCAAAGCCUAUGUUAGCGGUCAUUCAAAGCGGGGAAUCCUACUCGUUUCUGAUAUUUUUGGAUAUGAGGCACCACAUUUGAGGGAUAUUGCUGAUAGGGUUGCCCUAGCUGGAUUCUAUGCAGUGGUUCCCGACUUCUUCUAUGGAGAUCCCUAUGUACAGAACUCUUCCAGGACAAUAGAAGAGUGGUCAAAAAAUCAUGGAACAGACAAAGGGUUUAAAGAUGCUAAAAAAGUAACUACAGCUCUGAGAAAAGAAGGCAUACAUGCAGUUGGGGCAGCAGGGUUUUGUUGGGGAGGCAAGGUGGUUGCACAACUAGCAAGCACUAAUUUCACUAAAGCUACAGUGUUGUUACACCCUUCACGGGUCACUCUGGAUGAUAUUAAGGCUGUCAAGGUUCCAAUUUCCAUAUUGGCUGCUGAGUUAGACAAUGGCACUCCACCUGAACUCCUCAAACAGUUUGAGGAGGCUCUAACAGAAAAUAAGAUUGAAAACCGCAUCAAGAUAUUUCCUAAGGUUCAGCAUGGAUGGACAGUCAGGUACAAUGAUAGUGAUUCAACAGCUGUGAAGGCUGCCAUUGAAGCCCAUAUAGACAUGUUUAUUUGGUUAAGCAAGUAUCUCAGAUGGCAUUUAUAG